AUGCCCACAACAGCAACAGUACAAGGACCAGACACCCACGGCUGGGUGAGCCCACAGCAAACUAUUUACCGUUCCCGGGUCCGGAGCGGCUGCCUCACAUGCCGGUCCAGGAAGGUGAAAUGCGACGAAUUGCGGCCCCAGUGUGCCAAUUGCACGAGGCUGAAGCGGCAAUGUGUCUACAAUGCCAAAACCCGGCACUCCGAUCACCCAACAAUUCAGAACCAAAUAGGCUCCCGCUCGAUAGAUGCUUCACAAACCACAGCGUCUACAUCCGCUCUAGCCCCUAGCUUAUCGAUCGAACAUCCAAGACAUGUUUUCGCUAAAGCACAACCCUAUCCGGAGGAUGGUACCCAAGUAUUUCCGAUCACCAUCGAGGAUCGUUUUCGUUCUCCAGACGAAUCUAUCGUCCAAGUCACAAAUCGGCUAAUUGAUGUACUGCGCGGUCAGAGUCAGACCUCUGCCUUAACCAGUGAUGAUGUGGAGGGGGAGGCAGAUUUACCUUCCGUCCUCAUAUCACGGGAUAUCAAGUUGACGACGACUAUGGACAUAUUGACCGCUCGUGAAGUUCCACUGCAGCCGCUAUUUUCCAUCUUUCUUGAUUCUGUCGAGUGCCAUGUACUCACACCAUUCGACAACGUCAAUUGGCAACGAAUGAAGCACCAUGUAGUGGAAAUGGGGUUGGCGAAUCGCACUGUCGCUUUGGCCAUUAUCUCUGUCUCUGCACUCUACAAGGCCCAGCUGUACAACCUGCCUUUGUCAAAGGCCAUCUCCCUUUAUCACGACGCUAGGUCUGCUUUUGACCACCAAGUAGAGCACGGAGACCCUCAAGAUUUUCCUGCAACUUUGGUUGUUGCUUUUCUCUUGUCGCUUUUCUCGUUCUUUCACUACGAGGAGGUCUGCCUUCUCAAAGAGCCCAGUGAAGCGUUUCUCGAACAAUUAAGGACAUGGCCUCAGCACCACCACUGCCUUGGGGAGCUUCCUAUGAGGUUAAUGCUAUGGUUGAGGAUCCUUCAGGUCACCACACUGCGUGGAGGUGGCAUGGGGAUGAUCUCCGAACAAGUUCUCGGUCUCUUCCCCACCUUCAAACCCGGGCAGCCUAAUCUCAAGCCCGACCCAAAGCACCAGUCUAACACCGCGACUCAUCUCUAUGAAAUGCUGAGCGGGCCAAUUUUUGAGUUCUACUUGCAACUGCAAGAGAUAUCCGGCGAGAUAGCUCAACUGACCCACUAUCAUCGCUCACGAACCACAGGAGCCGAUCAAGAUGAAGUCUCACAGCAAAUCACUCUGCUCACAUCGAAACUCCAAAACCUCUGGGACACACGAUCUGUGACCCAGUGCCAAACACCCAAAGACCUCCUGGCAAACCUCUCGCCCACUAUCGCCGAGCCCUUGGUCGCCCUCAUUGGACUCUGCACUGCCGCCUAUCAUGCUGAGUUCAUCGAAAUGACCCGUCUCAUCGGUGAUCCUGUUGCCGAACCCACAGGCUCUAAGGAAGGCAUGCGCGAGAUCCGCAACCUGAUCGACGGCGAAAACAGCAAUGCGGCACAUGACAAGCAUGGCCAGUUGCGUGCUGGAUACCUGCGCCCCUUGUUUCUAUAUGCCAUCGAGUGCAUGGACGCCGACAAGAGUGAUUGGGCGGUGCAAAAGUUGAGAGAUAUCCACAACCCCAUAUGCCGGAGUGACUUUUUUGCCGCGUUUGCAAAAGCCCUCUCCGAUGCGCAGCUACGCAAAGAGAGGCGGGUCACUUCCAAAUAUUUCUGUAUCUGGUUCUUUGGCGUGCCUCCACCAUUCUUGUAG